AUGGCGAAACAACAACAAUCCAAACCAGCCUGGACCACCACCUCACCGCGGGUGUUGAAUAUCCUUCGCCCACGAAUACUCGUUCCGUUAAGCUGCGCGUUAGCACUAUUAUUAUCAGCAUGUCUGCUCGCGCUUCAAUUUGAAAAUCAAAGUUAUGCUUUGCAACUACAGCUUUUCCGACCGAGCCGAUACUUUGAGAAAGAGUGCUAUGCGCCCGCCGAAUCGGCCACGGAUCGCUUACAACAUGGGAUGACCGGCAUCAGCGACGGAGAAUGGCAGUUUAAUCCUAGCCGCGAUGCGAAUAAUUAUGCGUUGAAUUCAGAGCAAUGUCUGGCCGCGUUUCCUAAGAUGUUUAUUGAGAUUGACAGGAGCGUUGCGCUGCGGAAAGAGGCCAAUAAUCCCAUCACAUUCAAGGAGAUCGACUCGAGAAAGAAGCUGGGACAGGGCAUGGCAAGAGCGAUGAUCUAUCAGGGCGAGCUCUACAUCAUCGAGUAUGGCGACAUGAUGUAUACUGCCUCACGCGCGAAGUCAACCCUCCAUUCUCUCCACCGUGCUUUGGUAGCCAUGCCCGACGGUGAAUCGCUUCCUUCGAUCGAAUUUCACUUCUCCGCCGACGACUUUGUCUGGGACGACCUCAAGCUGGCAGGCGGCCCGGUAUGGUCAUACUCCAAGCGUGACACUGCCGACAUUGAUGAAGAGGACGUCGACGACAGCAAUAUAUGGCUGAUGCCUGAUUUUGGAUACUGGGCCUGGCCUGAGGUCGAUAUUGCGCCGUACCGCGAAACACGCCGUCGCAUUGCCGCUGUUGAUGCCGAGUUCGAAAGUUUUCAAUCGAAAAAGAAACAACUCAUGUGGAGAGGCAGUCUAAAUACGGCCGUUGAGCUACGAAAUGGGUUGCUCGAGGCUACGAAAAACAAAUUCUGGGCCUCCGUUCGAGUGGUAGACUGGGGCAACAAAACUAGUAUGGAGGAAAACAUCGUACCGAUUGAGGAUCACUGUCGCUACAUGUUUUUGGCUCACACCGAAGGACGCUCAUUCUCCGGACGAGGCAAAUACUUACUCAACUGCCAUUCAGUCUUCAUCACACAUCCCCUCAUCUGGCGGGAAGCCCACCAUGCCGCAUUCAUAUCAUCCGGCCCCGAAGCAAACUAUAUUGAAGUCGCAAGAGACUUCUCGAACCUGGAAUCGAAAGUGGAAUAUCUGCUUGACAACCCACAAGUCGCGGAACGCAUCGCCAACAACUCCGUCGCUACUUUCCGCGAUAGGUACCUCACCCCGGCGGCCGAAGCGUGUUACUGGCGGUACCUGGUACGCAAAUACGGCGAAGUCUCCGAUUUCGAGCCUAAACUAUAUGACGAUCGAACGGGGAAGAUGAGAGGACAGCCUUAUGAACAAUGGGUUCUUUAA